UCGAGUUGCAUUGCAUUGCUGCGCAGAAGCACGCAGUGCCAAUCCACGCGAAGCUUCUUGCGUUCAUGAAAUGCAUAAAACGCGGCAGAAUUAGUCCUUUAUAUGUCACUACACACUGUAGCGUCCUGGGAAAAAGGUUCGGAUAAGCACGUGUUGUGUUGUGUGAUAAGUAUCCCUCUAGCAUGAAUGUAAAUUGUCACUGUUUAUUCACUAGAGCGUUAACAGUUCACACGACUGAAGCUUGUCAUACUGUUUUAAAAUCGUUCCCGGUUUGAAUAACCACAACAAAAGUGUCUCAACAGUGUUUCUUAUUUAGUGCGUUUAUACGCUUAUUUUUAAGCAUGCAUUUAUUAAACGUCUCUGCUAACACAUUUUAUUCAUCGCACCGUAAAGUCUCAUCGUGUGUGAUUGCAUUGUUUAUGUGUUGUCGAUAACACAUCGUCCCAGCACUGUGUCUUUAGCGAAAUUAGUGACAGUUUGUGCCUGAAAAGUAGCAUGUCACUAUGGUGCACUACACUAUAUUGCUUUCUGUGCGUGUGUGAAUGUUUUAUCACUCAUUGGAUUAGGCCACAAGAAGAGGCUGAAGACGUUGGUUCCUCUCCCGUCGGCUGCUACACAUCGUCAACAAACGUGUCUGCAAGCAUAUCUGACAGACGUCCACUCGACAGCUCGUCACCUCCCCUGGCGCCUUCCACCUCACCGUAGUCCGACUGCAGGCUCGACAGUGAAAUGGCUUCAGUGUCUGAGCACAGUGGACUGUGCCACGCGGGAGAAGGCGCUGCAGUGUGGCGUACGAGCAUUGACGACUUGCCUGAGGAGAUACUGAUAAAGAUCUUCUCUCACUUGUCUUUCACUGAGCUAGUGGACGUGGUAUGGAAAGUGUGCCGUCGUUGGAGAAAGCUGUCGCGAGAUUUGAGGUUGUGGGCUGACAAGGAAUACCAUGUCGGGGUCUCGAGGCACUGCAACUCGGAGAACUGUAAGAGCGGCAGGACCGAGCGGGAGGCGAUGCGUAUCUUCCGCAGUGCCCGAAACCUGCGUAAAGUACACAUGUGGUGCGCCGUCAGCCCCCACGUCAUCGACGUGCUCUGCGACAAAUGCCGGAGACUCUCAGAUCUCCGCCUGCACGCCGCCCAGAAGCUCGGCUAUUCGACGGUGAAGAACUCGGUCAAGCAGUGCUCCGGGAUACACGUGCUGACGGCACCCGAUGAGCUACUGAAGACCGAGAAAUUUUCAGAGGCGGUGUCGCGUCUGCAGCACCUCCGUGUGCUGUGUCUGCAAGAGAGAUACGUGGGGACGACUUGCGUCCUGCGUCCUUGUGUGCUGAGACCUUUGGGUGACGGGUGCCCCCGACUGGUCGAGAUUGACUUCGGACGUAUGUCUGUCGAUACGGAUGAUCUGAAGUACUUUCUGAAUGCCAAGAAGAACACCCUAAAGUGCUUACGAAUAAAGUGGUCGGUGGGUGGAACGAGGCACGUCAUACCGUUGCUGCCGGUAUAUGCCGACAGCUUGGAACGUCUGGAACUUUAUGAGUACGACAUAGUCCGCAACUCGGCCAGAGAGGCGUUCACUACCGUCGGAAGCUUGAAGCACUUGCGGGAACUCAGGAUGUCCGUCCCCGAUCGAAUACCGCCCGGAACAGCUGCUCUGGCUUUUACGAAUGGAGGACUGCCACAACUGAAAGUGCUGGAUCUACCACACGGAUACGGUGUGGAAGAUAACACAGUAAUUGCCAUCAGCCACGGAUGUCCCGGUUUGCGGCAGCUCUCCGUCACUCACGCUACGAAGCUGUCGCCUGCUGCCUUCUCGGAGAUCGACCGUCUAGAACAUCUUGAAAUACGAAUGGAAAAACUGGUAGAAGCGGACCUUGGGGAAGAUCAGUUUGGAUUCCGUAGAAAUGUUGGAACACAUGACGCAAUACUGACCCUACGACUUAUCUUAGAAGAAAUAUUAAGACUAGAUGUGACAGGUUGUAGCAGACUCGGCGGAGGCCUAUUCCCCUGCCUCGUCGGGCUACCGCGACUUCACACGUUGCGAAUGGGUACCAUGUAUUUCGGUACCACGUAUUUUACAGAGUUGCAGCCAGGUGUGAGCAGCAUCCUCAAAUUGUCAGGUUUGCGCUGUCUGACAUUCGAUUAUUCGGAUGUUACUGGAGUGCCUUUUGAUAAGUUUCCGGAGAAUCUCAUCAGUCUCAGGGAGCUGAGUGUCGAAGGGUGCCCAGGUGACCCCAGAGCCACAGACGGGCUGACCGAGCAGAUGCCCAAUCUCGUAAUCCGCGGCACGGUCCACGCUGAGCUACAGCCUUUCUACUUCGAGGCACUCGAGGACGUAGGGCCCGGCGAAGCAGACGAAGCGGUGGACGACCGUUCGGAGAGUGACGAAGACGGCGACAGUGAUAGUAGCGUCGGCGGCAGUGACAGUGAGAGAGGUUGAGAGCACUAUAUCUGUAUGUAUAAAAAUAAUGUGAAAUUUAUAGGAAAGUACAAUUCUCAGUACUUGUCAACAUAAGCGGAAACUGUUUUGAAGGAAUAUAACAAAUAAUUUUAGAAAUGUGUAGAAGAAACAGUAAUGUUGUUUGAAUACCUGCUGUAAUAAUCUGCAAUAAUGUUUGAUUCUUGUUGUAACAACAAUGGAUUCACAAUGAAACAAAUUUUUUAAAUGAUAAAAUGGCUACACAGAUCAGCAGUUACUUCUGUAAAAUAUCUGGGAGUGUGCGUACGGAACGAUUUGAAGUGGAAUGAUCAUAUAAAAUUAAUUGUUGGUAAGGCGGGUACCAGGUUGAGAUUCAUUGGGAGAGUGCUUAGAAAAUGUAGUCCAUCAACAAAGGAGGUGGCUUACAAAACACUCGUUCGACCUAUACUUGAGUAUUGCUCAUCAGUGUGGGAUCCGUACCAGGUCGGGUUGACGGAGGAGAUAGAGAAGAUCCAAAGAAGAGCGGCGCGUUUCGUCACCGGGUUAUUUGGUAACCGUGAUAGCGUUACGGAGAUGUUUAAUAAACUCAAGUGGCAGACUCUGCAAGAGAGGCGCUCUGCAUCGCGGUGUAGCUUGCUCGCCAGGUUUCGAGAGGGUGCGUUUCUGGAAGAGGUAUUGAAUAUAUUGCUUCCCCCUACUUAUACCUCCCGAGGAGAUCACGAAUGUAAAAUUAGAGAGAUUAGAGCGCGCACGGAGGCUUUCAGACAGUCGUUCUUCCCGCGAACCAUACGCGACUGGAACAGGAAAGGGAGGUAAUGACAGUGGCACGUAAAGUGCCCUCCGCCACACACCGUUGGGUGGCUUGCGGAGUAUCAAUGUAGACGUAGAUGUAGAUGUAGAUCAGGUAGCAAUUCAUAAAUAGCACUGACAAUGUUUUUUUGCAGUAAGUCGAAUUUAAAAACUUCUUUGUUUUUAUAAACCUGUGAAACAAUAAUAAAUGAGGACUGCUACCUUGUUAUUUUAAGUGUUAAUUAUAUUUAUCAGGAUACUGCUAGAUACCAUUUUUAAAUAUUAAAUUUCAUUUGGAGGAACCACUUUGUGAUUAAAAUACACGACAGACUCUUUUACGAAUGAACCACACAUCACUAGUGUAAUACUGUACAGCAUUUAUUAUUUGUUACACAAACCAGUUUUUGGCUGAUAAGUCACUGUCGGGUAUGAAGAUAAGUAAGUGGUAAAGUGAAAUUGGUUGGAUCAAAGAUUUUAAAGUAGUGCAUCUUUAGAUGCACUACUUUACUACUUUACUACUAGAUGUUUCCAGAGGUGAAAAAAAAUUAAUGUUACAAGAAGGAACAAAUAAAGGAUUAUUUCAGUGUAAA